AUGAUAUCGGAUGCGCAGCCAUGUGACAGCUCUUCAGCAAAUCCGUACCUAUCGCAACCUGCUACUGCCGCCACUCGAUCAGCAGCCGAGUCGAUAUCGUGCGCAAGCAACAAGGGCAAGCACGAGACUCGACUGUACGUUGGCAACCUUCACGCAGCAGUAGACGAGUAUACAUUGAUCCAAACGUUUAGCAAGUUUGGCAAGAUUUCAAAACUCGACUUUCUCUUCCACAAGAGCGGACCGCAGCGAGGACAACCGCGAGGCUAUGCUUUUGUCGAGUAUGCUUCGCCGCAAGAAGCUAUGCAGGCGGUGGCGGGCGCGCACAACAAGACGCUCAAGGGCAGAAGCAUCUCAGUGACGUUUGCGACCAAGAGUGCCGAUGGCAACGCUCCCACUGGCAUCGGUCCACAUCGGCGAGAUCGCAGAACAGCGGCGACCGAGAGCGACAUGCUCAAGACCACACAACUCAGCUUGAGCAAGAAUGCCAAACAACCUCAAGGCACCAACGCCAAAAUCGCAGCUAUGGAAGCCAAGCUUGCCAAGCUUCGACAGGUCAAAGCGCCACCAGUUCAACCUGCUUCAACAUCGGCUCACCUACGCGCUGGCGUUGCGUCAUUGCCCGCCAAGCCCACGUUCAGCCCCACAGACGCAACACGCAAACCAAUGCAGCAGCAGCGACCACGAUAG